GGGAACACCAUCACCAUCAUCGCCAUCCGGACCACGCCCAGCAUCCAGACUACACCGGACAUGUACCUGGCGUCCUUGGCCUUUGCUGACCUCCUGGUCGGGGUCACGGCUGUCUUAAAGUUGUACACCUACAUCAGGAAGAUGUCCAAAAUAGAAGCACUUUCAACGUCAAAUCCUGGAAGUGCUUAUACUGGUACACGGAGGACGAAAUAAACACCGUGGUUAUUGAGGUCAAGUUCAUAUUUAUAGGCAUACAUAUUUUUUUUAGAUAUUUUUAACAGAAAUUUGUCUAAGAAAUUUGUAUAAUUUUAUAUUAUGGUAUAAUUUGGAGUUUCAUUGGAAUGCUGUAUACAGUGGCGUAGCAAGGAUUUUCGGGCCCAUGUGCCAAACUUAUUAGUGGGACACUUUGUUAGUCUUUAGGCUACAACGGAGUUAAAACAUGGACAUCAAAAAAUAUGACUGCUACUUACAAGGUAGGGGUUUUAAUAAUUACACCUCAUUUCAUAAUAUCAAUAUUAUGAACAAAUAAUGUUAUUAAACCCUCAUAGACAUUUAAAUCUCCUUCCCUGACCACGACGCCGGUGCUAUAUUUCUCGGGACAUUAAUUGCUGGGUUGCGGGUUUGUCCACACUGCUACUUAGACGUCCCAGGACGUGCUGUAUGAAAGUCUUGAGUGUACGUUAAUCACCCAUCGUAAUCCUGACAUUGAACACCUAUCGGCGACCGGAGUAACUGCGCAGCCCUCCAAGACGAAGCGUCAUUAGUCAUCACACAAAAAUACACAUGCUUGGCUGUGCUCUCGUUUGCUUCAACGUCUGUCAUGGCCUCGACCUUGAACUUAGCCCUACUGGCACUAGACAGAUGCCUAUCGAUCUCCUAUCCCUUCCACUACAAAAAUCGUGACGUCAGACGACGUACAGCGUUUAUCAUCAUUGGAGUCUGGGCGUGCUCGCUCGUGUACGGACUUCUGCCGAUGGCCUUCAACAGGUACUCACCUGACCAGAAAUGUCUGCUCAUGGUGCAGGCCGAAGUCUGGUACGUCCGUUACCUGACGACAGUUCUCAGUUUCUCUGGUAUUUCACUCAGUAUCGUCUGCUACUGCAUAAUUUGGUGGGUCUUCCACGAUAACUACAAUACUCUCAGAACUUCAGCACAUAAACAUAAUCGGACAUUUCCGUACAGACGCUAUCCCCACUUCAGCAGAAAACGGCAAAUAAUAUUUGGUUUAAAAAAUGUGAAUCGUCUUUUGAUAGAACGGAUGAUACCUUCGGAAAUUCUCAAGGAACAAAUAGUGGUCUCUGACUCUGGAAUAAACGUUGAUUCAGAUCUACCACUCACAAACUCGCAAGAUGCCCGGGUCAAGGACGAAAGGCGAGCUUCAAGACCCUGCUAUCACACGUCACUUCCGGCAAACUUGCAUCAACACGGACAGCCUAAAACUUGCAUGAGAACAUUUUGUCGAAGACACGAAUACUUCAAUUUAAGGCAGAAUUCGGGAGUGGAAGACGACAAGUACCUAUCGCCUAGAUGUGGUUUUGUUUUCAUUCACGCCCCAGAGGUUUCACAGAGUCUGCGGCCAGCUGUUAGAUCCGUCACUCACCCCGUGUUAAAUGCCAGCAACAAAAACACUCGGACCUCUUCAGAUCCUCGGCACUGUGGCAGUAGCUAUCGUCCAGUCAACAAUUGGGUUGCCUACAGCUGUACAAGCAAAUGUAAUGUCCUAGUAGAAAAUCCAAACCUUGCAAAUAGUUGUAACCUUUGUGACCUUUGCUCUUGGCCUCCAGUUGACUGCAAGCAAGGCCACAUACGUCUAGAACCUUGCAAUGUUUACCAUCGUCCACCGGGGUCUAAGUCACGUCUACACACCAGGAAGUCAUUAACAGAACCGUGCCUUGCCCGAACAUCAUGUAACAUACACUAUUUACCAACACACGGCAACGAAGAGCAUUCACCCGCUACACUCAAGGACAGAUACGAUCUAUGUCAUUUUAAAGAACAUUGUGUGCUGGGCUUGAGACAAUGGCGAAGCAUGCCCAUAAUUAGCACAAACAAAAACGAUAGCGACAGAUCGUGGCCUAUAAAUUACCAGCCAAAGAAAAUAAUAGCAUACAAUUACGUAUCAGGUAGCGCACCAAUCUAUUUUAAGCCAACUGAUCAGAUUCAGAUGGAAACGAAUUCUGAACUGAGCAUUCAGAACAGUAAAGAAACCGUUAGGCUGAAUUAUUCAAUGCCAUCUUUACAUUUUCACUUUCAACCGUUAGCUACGUUGUGUUCAGCAGAUGAGAUUGAUAGCAUCACAACAUUCCGUACCCAUAAACAAGCUUUAACGUGCAGACCUCUAACCAAAUCUAGAACUCUAGAGGAUUUUGGAGACAAGCUCUCACCAAUGAGAGCUGAAUGCAGAUUCUAUCAUUCCAAUAUAUAUGAACAGGCACUAAAUCCUAAAAACUUAGCGGACCACCUACAAAGACACUCUUCAAGACAUUCGUCUCUAAAGAUAUACUUACCCAACCAGCAACCAAAAAACAGUAAAUCUAUUAGCUCUGGUUCUCAGCGAUCUGUAGAUGAGAUCUCGCGAGAACCUCGGAACAGUCCUCCGAGAAUUUACACUGAGCCUUUCGUGUCUCGAAAACUUGUGGAGAAAAAUUUGUCCAAGUCUAGCACGCGUCUGCUAAAAACGAUAUUCCUGACCCAAGUUGUGUUCAUCGUCUGCAUGUUGCCAGGUUUUUUCCUCUGUCUCCUGUACGGCCUUGUCAACAUGCCAAAUUGGGUUAUCAACUGGGCGCCUUUCAUCGCCUUCCUCAACUCUGGCAUGAACGUUUUUAUUUACGCUGGCCACAACCGGAAGUACCGCACAGCCAUUUUUUCUGUGCUGCACUUCCGGUGUGCUGGGCAAAAACACAAUAACUCGCCUUAGUCUGUUUUGUGAAAAACAUAUUUGUUUAUGUGUACCUAAAAUCGAAAUAUUAUGUUCCAUUUUAAAAGUAACAAUAAUAUGUCUUGAAGGGGCCGUCCAUACAUAAUGUCAUACUUUCGGGAUAUAUAGGCCUACAUAGCCUAUUUGUGGGUGUCUGUCAAAAGGAAUAGGAAAGUAGGUGAUUUUGAUUUUAAUUUGCUUCCACGAGUAGGGGAUGAAGGGUGGGGAGUAAGAAAGUAUGAAGUCACGUAUUGCCAUUAUACAAAGUAAUUUUCCUAUCGGAUUUUAACUUUUGCAUGUUUCUAAAAUUGUUUUAUAAUUGUUAAUUAAAAGAAUGCUAAUUAUUGUACCUUACUAUUGAGCGAGGUCAGUUAAUAUAGUAGAGAGUAAUGGAUGUGACGUUAUUGCAUAGAGAUAUAGGAUUUUGAUGACUAAUCAGUACUGCGGUAGGGGUUUAAAUGUGUGACGACAUAUAUGGAUGGUCCUAAUUUGUGUAAUUAUUAAAUUUUAUACCUGCCAACUUUACAUUUACGCCUUGACCAGACCUGUAAUAAAAAAUUGCAUGCUUGAAUCCUAAAAUUACACUUUUGCCUUAAACAUAGAUAGCAGUUAGUAUUCACUGAUGUUGACUGAUUGCUCAAACAUUUUCCAUGA